GAGUGUAGAGAGUCAGUGAGCUAAGCUAGACAGCUGGGAUCAGUCGCGCUUUGGGCGUGAGCCAGUCAUAAGCAAAAGGCAGAGAGGUUGAUACGAGGGUAAAGAAACAGGGAAAACGAGCGAGCGAGCGAGUUGACGAGGAAAACAGAGAUCGAGCGACGUUGGUGCCGGAGCGGGGUGGGGUAGAGAUAGAGAGCGUGAGCGAGAGGAGGAGAGAGCCAGGAGCAUGGUCUGUGGACUGUGGAGGGCUGCGUUCACCGGGCAGUUACUCCGGAACCGUUGCCUUGACGACACGCAUCCGCGCAUGCGCGUAUGCAACGCUACGGGUGCACCACGAUCGCGUCACGAGCACCAGUUGCGUUCGCCACCCUCACCUUCCUCGCUAUUACAAACUUUUCUCCACCUCUGUUGUUAUCCCCCGGCCUGCUGGAACCAUCGCUACCAUUAUAUCCGUUACACCGCUAGUGUCUCGCAACCAUUGCUCAUUGUCUUGCCCGCUGCCAUUGUUCUUCCUUCCGUUGUCAUCGUUGUUACUGUUGCUACCACCACCCACCAUCGCGUCACCACCACCUCCACCACCACUGGUACCACUCUGCCGCGUUACAGGUUGCCACUCUUGAUGCUGUUAUCGUCGUUUCCCGGUCUCUCGUUAUCUUUCUCGUUAUCAUUCGCAUCUUCCGUGAUCGUUUCAUUCAGCGAUAUUCUACGACUUUCCUAUUCUCAUUCUCAGCCUCUUUCAACGUUAGCGUUCUUUUUUCUUGUAAUUGCACGAGCAAAGAGAGAUAUUACUCGAAGAGAGAGCACCCUGUAUUCGUAUUAACCGAAGGGUAUGCGUACCGUUCCGAACAGGGAACGUUGUUUACACAUGUUUAUGCGUGUUUUAUUACGCCGCACCGUCGACGCGGUCGUCGUUGCGUUUCCUUUGAAAAGUUCGACACGGAUAGUUUAGAAGCUACUAGGUACCUACUGUUCCAUUUCGAGAUUACCCUCUACCUUCCGGUGAUUGCAUAGCUCGACCUUCGAUUCCUCCAUUUCACUGUUUUCUCCUUCCCCGACUGCGCCGUCGCCACCACUACCACCACCUUCGUUGUUACCACCACUUCCGUCACCUCCACCAUUUCCACCACCAUCACCACCUCCGCUACUACCACCUCCAGCUUCAUCUCCACCUCCAUUUCCUCCUCCUGCUGAUUUUCCCUCUCCUAUUCUAUCGCAUUCUCCACCUCUUCCUGUUCCUUCUGCGCGGUUCGCGCAUACCCUUACUACGAGCGGCUGGCUGUCAUGCGUCGACGGUGCUUCUGAUAAGGCGCGACCGUAUCGGACCGUUCUUGUCGAUAAUCCGUGAUCGACUCGUCAACGUUCUGUUUGCUCACGGUUUGCGUCGACUCUUUCGUAUCAAAUCGCUUGAUUUCAGUGAUUUUACGGUGGACCGUGAAAUUUUUCACGAGGCAAAUUCUCCGAUAGUUUCUGCUAGUCGAUUGGUUCGCGGGACAAGCAGCGUAGAAAUUUACUCUACGAGCGUUGCCCGAUCGAUUCGCAACGUCGAUGCUCUAUUUAUCGUUUCGUGCAACGCUGUCGUCCGAUCGUUCAUCGUACGUUCCUCAAAUUUUGACCAACGAUCGAGUGUGUCGCUGUCACAGCGAUAAGAAGAAUCGGAAAACUAAGACGGAGAAAAGGUGGUUUGAGAAGGAAGCAAGGGAAAAUCGAAAAGUGAGAAGACACCCCUGGGUGAUCGAUUCGGCUGUUGAUGUAUGGUGACCGUGACCGAGAGCGGGACCGGGACCGGGACCGUGACUGUAACCGUAAUUGUGACUGUGACGUCAAAUUUUGGUGUAUUUCGAUUGAAAAGGAAAAGGAAAAGACAACUGGCUGGUGUUGAUCGAUGUUUCAGCGUGAACACGUAACGGCGAACGAUCGUAAGAAUAUUAGCGAGAGUUAGUGGAGGAACCACGAGUGCACUGCCGUUCGAUGUUUUGCUGUCGUCGCGAAACCUGCCGCUGUACUUUAACGUUGGAAAAAGCAGCGGCAGGUCGUCGUCGUUUUUGUUUGAGUUUCUUUCGGAGAGCAUGAUGCGAUAUUAUAUAGCAAACUGUGGAAACUCGAGCCGAAUCGAUUCGUCAACAUAGUCCACACGAUAGCAGAACGAAAGGUCAGGCCGUACCUACGACCGGAGAAACGAGAAGGAAGAGAAAGAAAGCAAGUGGGAUUAGUUGCGUUUAGUUAAUUCGAAGGAAAUAAUCGGCGAAAACAUGGAAUUCCUUUGGACAACUCGACACGAUUACUCGUUGCUGCUGGAACGCGCCGCUUUUGCUCUCUACUUUCAAAUCAAAUAAGAUUAAUACCUUCGCUGUCUUUAAUUAAAAAAGGUUACAAAGACGAAGGAGAUGAUUCUUUGGGAACGUUGAAGUCGACGUUGAUCGAUAAACACGAUAGACUGGACACGAUCUCGCCAAGAGUACCGCGAAAAAUGACGUUGCGUGUGAUUACUCGAAACGAUCGUCUAACUUUUGGAUUCGCGACAGAGGUGAGAAACGGAUGAUCGUUUUCGAUGUAGAACCGAUGCGACUCGAAUAGCGGUGCGAGUUGCGUUUGCAUUUCGUAGGAAUAGACGCGAUUCACGCGUGUAUAGCGAUCGAGGGUGAACCGAAAGACGAUCCGAGAUUAAUCGCGGAGCAUGAUCGUCCAGGAGGAAGACGCAAGGUUAACUACGCUAACGCAUUUCAAAAGUUUCCAAGCAUCGUCGACGACGUCUGACGAGCAACUCUGUCGAAAAAUCGCAACGUUGCGGGAUAAACGAGAAGAGCGAGCCGCAACGUUUCGUUGAUCGGCUGUUCGUUAUCGGACGCGAGGAAUCAGCACAAAGGAAAGAAACAAGGCGUUUGACCGGCGCAUACACGACGGUUUGUUCCCGUGGUUGUUCCUCUCUAUGUUGGAUCGAAUCAGGGCGCAAAGCCGCGCGAUCGUCAGGGCGAAAGGUUGGUUGAUUCGGUAUAGUGUCGAGGGCAUCGAAUAAUCAACGUCGUUGUCUUCAAGAGAAAGAAAGGAAAAUCAGCUGAUAGCGAGGGAAGCGUAGCGUGACAAUAGUUGGUGUUUGUCGGAAGCGAAAGAACGAAUAAGAAGUGGAAAAAGGACGUUGAUCACGAGGUGGAUGGUUAAACCUCGGUAGGUCGCCAGUUCGGGAACAGACACAGUCUGGAACCAGAAUCAGGACCAGAGUCGGAGCCAAAGUCACAGGAAGAGACGAAGCUUGAGUCAGAGUCUCGAAGUCAGAGUCAGAGUCAGAGUCAGAAUCGGAGUCAGAGUCAGAAUCGGAGUCAGAGUCAGAAUUAGAGUCAGAGCCGGAGCAGAAACGUUUCUACGAUUCUCCGCCACCACGAAUGGACGUGAGCGUGUGCUGCUUGCCCGCCAGUGCCGGCUCGGGGGCCCAGCACCCUCAUCCAGCGAGUUUGCCUUCCGGCGGACAGCCGACGAUUCAACCACCCUAUCAAUAUGCCGAUCAGAUAGUACCGGAUCGGGGUCAACCCGACGGAUUGCCGGUACUCGGUUGUACCGGUCAGGAUAACUGGCAGCAGAUCUCCUCCGCUUCGAACGUCGUUGGUGCUGUCACCGCUGCCGCCGCCACCACCACCACCACCACCUAUAUCGAUUACUCCUGGUUGCAGAUGCAGAAGGCGGAGGCGCGUUCGAGAGGAAAGCUUCAACACGAUCGUUUUAAGAGGAGGGAGGCUCCUUUUAACAUACAGCAGACAUCGGACCUGGACACUUUGCUAUGUAGACAGGAUCUCGACCGACUGCAGAAGCUCGACGAAGAUGACCCGGAGAAGGAGCCGAGGGAGUCCUCGGUGCAAAUGGAGGACUUUUUCGAGGUUGGUGGGCCGGUGUGUCGACCGCAGGCGAGCUUCGUCUCGUCGAGGAGUCAACCCGCGGGAAACGACGACGACGUGUUCCUCAGGCCGCCGCUCUGGGAGGAUAUUACCUCGAGUAUACAAAAACUGGACCCGGAGAACGCCGACAUGCUGGGCUCGCAGUCGCACGUCAAAAUGGAGACCGACGACGUCUCGUCGCCGGUAUUGUCGCCUGUCGAGAUCAAAACCGAGCCGCUACCUCCGCCACCGACCUUGCACCUCCUCGAAGGACCCGCUUCGAACUCGGUGUCGGGCUACGCGAACGGUCAUCCGAACCCUCCAACCGGCCCGCAAGUCGUCCAUCACCGGACCGCGCCUGCCGCUUUCAAGACUUUUCCCCCUAACAACAACAACAACAAUAACAACAACAACAACAACAGCACGAGCGCCAAUAACAACAGCACCGGUACCGCCAACAACGCCAAUGGCAACGGUAACAACAACAGCAACAACAACGCCAAUGCGAACGGUAACAGCAACAGCAGCAACAAUAACGGUACCGGGAACAGCAACAACAAUAAUAACAACAACGACUCGACGACGACUCACCACGGAGGCGGGAAUCAGAUCGGUGGCAGCGCGACGUCACCGCUCUACGGCUCGAUGACUAGGUUAAUGUACAUUUCCCCGCUCACGCCGCCGAUUUCCGAUCCUGGAUCACCGAUAGGGGCUCCACCGAGGCGGACGCCGCCUCCACCCUAUCCACAGCCGUCCAUUAUGAAUGCUCCUCAUAGGAUUCAGGCACCGAGCAUCACCACGAAAUUCAACAGGCGAAACAAUCCCGAGCUGGAAAAGAGACGCGUUCAUCACUGUGAUUUCAUAGGUUGUACAAAGGUCUACACGAAGAGUUCGCAUUUAAAGGCGCAUCAGCGGAUACACACAGGUGAAAAACCGUACCAGUGUCAGUGGCCAGAGUGCGAAUGGCGAUUCGCCAGAAGCGACGAAUUAACUCGUCACUAUCGAAAGCACACCGGUGCGAAGCCCUUCAAGUGUGCCGUGUGCGAGCGUUCCUUCGCCAGAAGCGAUCACCUAGCACUCCACAUGAAACGGCAUCUUCCGAAGCAGCACGCCAAGUGACCAUACCGCUCUUCCGAGAUUCCAUCUCCGUCUCCGUCUCCGUCUUCGUCUUCGUCUUCGUCGAACGACUCUUCGAGUGUACGCGUUCCUAACUAUGCCGAUCUCUUCGAGCCUCUCCCAGAUUACCAGGAAGAAAUUUGCAAACUUAACUCUUUCUUUUAAUCCAGCUCGAAUUCGAGUAUUGGGCCGAAAAUCCUUGGAGAGUCUCUAUGCGCGUUUCUCUUAUUCCUAAUUAUAUUUUCGUUCGAACUGAUUUCGCGAUAUUCCGAGUCGUCAUCGUUAUUUUCUGUUAGAUUUUCGUGGACAGUGAUUGGAAAGUAAUCGUAUAAACAAACGAGUGUCGUGGCUAACGAAGAAUCUUUGAUUGAAUCUUUCGCUGACUUCAACGAUGCGUGAGACGACGAGAAGGGUUUCGAUAGUUUCGGUCGCUGCUUUUUACGAAUGCUAAUCGCUUCUCUCGAUACACGAUAAUCGUCGAGAUAAUAGCUUAUUUACCGCUCGUGAUUACGAAUACGUUACCGUGUUUGUUCGCCCGAUACGAUGAAAGGCAUACACGCAGUUACGAUCGUAGUGGCUGGACCACUACCGCUCUACUACGUGUUUUCUGCUGUUUCAAGAUAGUCGUUUUUAAAUAAAUGUUAACGAUAAAUAUAAAUUGCAUUUAGCGCUGAGACUUUAGAUUUCGAAAGAUUCGUCGCAUUGCGAAGUUUCGUCCGUUGCCCGAACUGCGCCAUAGACGUAAUAAAAACAAACGAAAUGUCAGGUACGUAAUUUGCAGAUUCGUAUAUCUAUCGACGUUAGAGCGAACAUUUCUGUCUCAAAUUCUCUUGAAAUGCGAGGUAAAUCUUUAAUUGGUAACGUUCAUUGACGUGGACGACUCGUGAGUAAAAUCGUCUAAUUUUAAUUCGGCCUGCGUUCUAUGGUUGAAAGUUUUCGACAAUUCCACCUGUCGCUAACGAGCACGUUCCGAUUUACUACGAUAUAUUUAUGUAGAUCGUUCUACUUUCGGCCGUAUAAUUUACAAUUUACAGGACUCGUUGACGCGUAAAAUAUCUUCUUCUUGAAAUCCGAUGUUCGUGCAAAGGUCAACUGAGCACGCGUCGUUCAACCGACGAGACGACAUUGCAGCAGAAAUGUAAUUUUUCGAGAAUGUGAGUAAUUUUGAGCAACUGUAUCGUUAGAAUGUUCGUCGGUAAUAGAUAUUAAAAUUCCGUCUAUUUCGUUCGUGCGAGGCGAACGAGUAAAUCGAGCAAACGUUCGAACACGGAGCAAUCAGACGUGAGAAAGGCUAAAUUUUUUGCGAGAACGGCUGCUGCCAGCAGUAUAAUGGCAUCUAUUUUGUACUAAGCUAACCACAGUAGCGAGGGAGCCGAUUGCAAGAGGACGCAAACGUCGAUAAGAAUGCGCAUAGAAAAUUCUCCGCUCCGAAGAAAGCGUUAAUUUAUUUGUUUGUGUACAUAAUGAGGAUAUGUCUAUAAUGAGUUAAGUUGAGAAGUGGUUUGUUCACUGGUGAUCUUUUUAUCGCGAUUUUCCGUCGCUCGCGUUCAUUUGCAUCGAAUCCCCUCCGUUCCGCAACGAGGAGAGUCAAUCUAGGUUUUGUCGAACGAUCGCUAGAUCCAUAACCAUGCUCUCGAUACGACUUACGCGAGAAGAGUCGAAUUAUUAUAGUGAUGCCUUAUGUACAAAUUCGUUUAGGUACGUUUCGUCUACGUAUAUGUGUAUAUUAUAUGUAUGUAUAUGUAUAUUGUAUACGUUAUAAGUAUGUACGUAUGCACAUGUGUAUGCAUAUAAAUAUAAAUAUACGUAUAAUCGUCGAAAACUGUCACGCCGCAUUCUUUGCGGCUAAAAGGUCUAUGCACUUUUAUGUGUGUAUACGUGUAAAAAAGCGAUGCAUAUCCAAUACGUAUGUAGUUAGUGUAAUAUUAUCUGUAUAAUAUGCGAUUUAAAUAUUUGAACCGGUAACUUUCGCGUCGAUUCUGCGAUUUUAUCUUAUUUACAUUCGCGAAAAAUGGUACACGUAAUAUAUACAUACGUAGAUACGAUAGAUAACAAAACUACGAUUUUCCUUAAUCGUGAGUUAAAAACGAAAAAAAGAGAUUUUCGCGAAGCAAUGUAAUAUCUUCCCUUUUGUUCCUCGUCGUGUUUUUUUGAUCUCUAUAUUCUUUUCUUUUUUCCUUCCUUCCUUUCUUUCUUCUUAUUCGGCUAUCCUAAGUGAAAUGUGAAAGGCUAACGCACAACUAGUUGCAAAAACGUACGUAUUAUAACAAUUAUUCUAUGAUUUACCGUUUUCUGCUACGGAAACAACUAUAAAUGUUUGCGUUUAACUUAAAAAUGUCACGUUUCGGUUUCCAAUUACUUCCGAUUUUGCCUCCUCUUUUAUUCGAAAGUACUAUUUGAGAAACAACAAAUUCACAAACGUAUAUAAAUAUUCACGAAUCUAUGCUAUGAAUUAUGCUAACACUCUUCGAGAUAAAGGGUUAAAUCUGCUUCGCGACUUUUUAACCCGUAUUACCUCAUUUUUUCGGCACUCUUCUUCCAUGUCUGAUCGUCGAUCAAUCCGUUUGCUAGGCCAACAUUAAUCUUAACACAGAUAUACCUCAUUUACCGAAAUAGAAAAUUCAAGGCUGUUGUGACGAAAUUUCACGCAUUUUCCUACACGAUUUCCUAGAAUUUUGUUCAUAAUGUUUGUAAAUCGCUGUAAUUUGUGUGUUGUGUAAUUUAAAUAUAUCACGAUAUAUACGUAUUAUAUUAUCGCAAAUAAACGCGUUUAAUUAUCCGCA